AUGUUCACCGCGCAACAACUCCAAGCCGCGCCGUAUUCCCAGGACAUCCAAAAAUGGUUUCUCAUGUGGUCCGCAUCUUUCUUGUUUCUGAGAAAUGUGCUUUUCCGUUCCAAAACCGCCGACUUUAGCAACCGCUUCGUGAGCAUCGUCCACGCGUUGAUCGCGAUUUACUUGAGCUACGAGUCCUUUGAAUCCAUCGAUUCGAGUAUGUUUGAUAAGGUUGGGACGAAAAAUACCCCCGCGCAGACGUAUUGCAUGGCGGUGUCGUUGUCGUAUUUCAUAUACGACUGUUUGUAUUGCAUCGUGACGUUCGAGUUCGACGCGGUCGUGCACCAUAUUUUUACCAUCGGCGGGUUAACCAGCGGCGUGGUGAACCAGAAGUCCGGGGUGGAGUUGGUUGGUUGUUUGUUCUUAAUGGAAGUAUCCAACCCGAGCUUACACUUGCGGUCGUUACUUCGCGAGAUGCGAAUGAAAGACUCCAUGUUUUCCACGUUGAACGACUUGCUCUUCGCCGGUCUGUUUCUCGUCUGUCGAUUGGUUCUAGGCCCGCCGUUGGUGUAUAAAACGUUGACGUGUAAAAACAGCGAUUUGCUGGUAAAAAUCGGUGCGUUUGGAAUUUUAGCGGUGAGCGUGUUGUGGGGUUGGAAGAUCAUAAAGAUGUUCAUCAGCAAGGCGAAGAAGUUGUUAGGGAUAGAGACGAGGAAGAGGAAGAGAGCGUAA